GCCAAAAGAGCACUGCGGCUGUCCAGCCUUCAAAUGACUUGAUAGGAAGGAGCGGAUUUUCCUGUUGCUGGUUAACAACUACUUGCUCUUUGAUUGCACUGCUAUAAAUUUUGAGAGAACUUGAUAAUCCAUCAGCUCAUCCUCUUCAUCAUGAUGCUGCUUCUUCAUGUGCUGAUGCUGUCUCUUCUCUCCGGUGGUUCAGCCAAAGUUGUGCAGGAUUUUGAGACUGAAUGUGGUCAAUUUUUUGCAAAUAAAACAUCACCAACAAGAUUUCCUGGUGAACGAUAUAAGCAGAUCUGCCAAACUCUAAAUAAUGUUUAUUAUUAUGCCACAUUCUAUGACACUGUCAAGAAGAAUCCUGUGUACUCAGCCUACAAGUUUGAAGGGCUAAAAAACUGCACAAGACAAAACGCGUGGUACAUUGAACCUCAACUUGACGACAAUAAUGCAUCACCAGACAUGAAACUAGAGAAAGAUGUGAAAAUACAAGGACUUGGAAAGCAUCAAGCUCUCAAUGGAGACUAUGAGAAUUCUCUCUAUGACAGAGGUCAUCUGGCACCAGUCUACCAGGCACAGUCACAGAGCUGCGCUAAAGCCACCUUCACUCUCACCAAUGCUGCUCCACAAAACCCCUCUUUUAACCGAGGCCAGUGGAGGGCACUAGAAAGAAACAUUGCAAAAGAACUGUCUGAUCAGUGUCUACCAAAUAAGUAUUCUGUUUACAUUGUGACAGGGGUGGUACCCGGUAAUAAUAACAUAAACAAUAGAGUGACAGUGCCUAGUCAUUUCUGGACUGCUUACUGCUGCUUAGACAACAAUAAUAAAUGUCAGAACUUGGAACUUGUCAGGUUUAUUGGAAAGAAUGAAAACAUUGGUCCCGAUAACAUAUCUGUGGCGUGUUUAGAGGCAGAGUUGGAAAAGCUUUAUGAAGUUACAUCAUUUAAGUUGUUUAAUACAUCAGAAAACAAUGAAAAUAAGCUCUUUCAAAAUAAAGCGCCAGUGAGCUAUUGUCUGAAACAGAAACUUUGGUAUUCUUGUUAUUUCUGACUAAAUGAUUAGCUGAAUCAUAAAGAAAAUCCUUAAGAACUUAAGGAUUUAAUUCUCUAAUUAUUUAAAUACUUAGA